GCUGCUUGGGGCCUUCUGGGUGGCAGCACUUCACAGAGGGAGUCAGAGCGGCAGGCUUGAGCCCUUGGCUGUUGGGGGUGGGUGGACUGACUCACUUGGCCCCCUCCCUGGUGCCGAUGGGGCAGCCCCCACACCCCUGGGCGCUGGCACCCCGUCAGGCCCCAGGGUUUUGGAAAAGGAAGCUGCAGCCCCGCGGCGCCUGACCCGGGCCGGCUGAGGAUGCGCCCUGCGCGCAGGGACCCGCCGGCCCCCGAGCCGGGAGGAGAUGUUUAGGCAGCGACCCCCCAGAGCAGGCUCGCUCCCGCGGCCGCCUGCUGGGGCCACCCUGGCCGCGGGCCCGCCGGGACGCCCCUGCUGGCGGCGCCCCUCCCCGGGCCGUGGCGCGUCCCCCGAGUCUCGCAGUAUUUCCUUCCUGCACCUUUAAGAAGACCGUUGCUCCGUGGUGGGAUGGUGUGUUAAAGCCACACAGAGGAAGUUACGCAGCCCGGAUCAGACCGAGAGAUAAAAGCCCCGAUGGUGAUCGUGAGAGAUGGCAAGAGGAUUUAGCCCCGGCAUUAACUUGGAGCGGAGUGCAGGGGGGCGGUGAAGCGCCCCGCCAUCUGGCCCGCGCCGCGCCGGGGGGGAUGCCCCGGCGCCCCGACGAGCCGCCGCGAAGCCCACCCGGGCCGGGGGCUGCCCGGUGCCCGCGCGCCGGUCCUCUCCGAGCCGCCCAGGGGGCCCAAAAAGUUUGCACUUGUUAGAGGCGACCUCCCGCUCGGCCCGGGGCGGGCGAUGCGGGCGGCGCGGGCGGCCCCCUCCCCCGGCCCGCGUCUCCGGGACGGCUGCGGGCGGCCCCCCCGGCGGCCGGAGGGCUCCCCAGCCCCGAUCUGACGGCCGCGGCGGCGGCGGCCACAGCGGCGAGCGGGAGCGGCGCGCCGAGGAGCAGCGGCUCGCCGCCCUCCGGCCCGCGCCCCCACCCAGCGCCGGCCAGGGCAGGCGGAGCGCCCGCGGGCGGCGGUCCUCGGCCUCCCGGGUCUGCGCUCCGGGAAGCUGCUCCGAGCCGGGGUGUUGUUGCUAAUGAGCCCUCUUCCUCCUCUCUUACAAUGAAAGACAAGCCAGCCCCCGGGCACCUGGAUGGAUUGAGAGCCGAAGUGUCAGAAACUUCAUAAUAAGUUGCCGAUGGCUACCAGCCAAGGUCAGCUGGCCCCCAUUAGUGCCUGUCCCCACAAAGCAGAGCCAAAUAAGCUUCUCCCCAGUUAAGAACCUCAGUCGCUUUUUUACGUGGCAGUCCAGCCACACAAUUGUUGUCACUUUAAGCCCAUGUGAAAAGAAAUCUCUUUUAUGGGUCUGAGAUGCCAGUCCAGUCCCACAGAGGGAACACGGUUCCAGCUAACACGUACACCUCCUGAUUUUAUUUUAUCUUUACAACGCAGGCUGGAGGGUUGUUUUGCAGUUCUGUUGAGCACAUCACACAUUUAAGGGCCCUUUAAAGACCUGGAUUGAUUGGAAGGACAAAAAUUAAAAGCAAUCUGAUCCGGCCUCAUGCCAGAUCCCUGAGGAUUUGCUCCCUAUCCCAUUUCCAUCCACUGUCACAAUUCGAGAGCCUGCCUGAUUUGAUCAGAUUCACCUCGGGGAGAGGUGUAAUGCCAAGGUUAGGAGGACGCGAAGUUACGGGCAACUUUUUGAUCUGCCCAUCAGCAGUCUGAGAAACGCUGGCUCUGAGUUUUCUGAAUCGGCCUUUGGGAAGAAACAAGUUCCUCGCUCUUCACAAGCCGGCACUGCUCCGGUCCCUGGGACAUCCAGCCACCGGUGCCUGGUAGAUGUGGCACUUCCAUGCUGAGGCCGAGAGUCCCGCCUGACCCAGUCGCUGCCUCUCCAGGGCCUGUCUGGGCCACGCCCCUGCGGACUGCGCAGCCAUGCUGCCCCUGCUCGCACUUUUCCUGCACUGCCUCCCACUGGCCUCGGGGGACUACGACAUCUGCAAAUCCUGGGUGACCACGGACGAGGGCCCCACCUGGGAGUUCUAUGCCUGCCAGCCCAAGGUGAUGCGGCUGAAGGACUACGUCAAAGUGAAGGUGGAGCCCUCUGGCAUCACGUGCGGGGACCCCCCUGAGAGGUUCUGCUCCCACGAGAACCCUUACCUGUGCAGCAACGAGUGUGACGCCUCCAACCCGGACCUCGCCCACCCGCCCCGGCUCAUGUUCGACAGGGAGGAUGAGGGCCUGGCCACGUACUGGCAGAGCGUCACGUGGAGCCGCUACCCCAGCCCGCUGGAAGCCAACAUCACCCUCUCGUGGAACAAGAGCGUGGAGCUGACGGACGACGUGGUGGUGACCUUCGAGUACGGCCGGCCCACGGUCAUGGUCCUGGAGAAGUCCCUGGACAACGGGCGCACGUGGCAGCCCUACCAGUUCUACGCCGAGGACUGCAUGGAGGCCUUCGGCAUGGUGGCGCGCCGCGCCCGCGACCUGUCGUCCUCGGGCGCCCACCGCGUGCUGUGCACCGAGGAGUACUCGCGCUGGGCCGGCUCCAAGAAGGAGAAGCACGUGCGCUUCGAGGUGCGGGACCGCCUGGCCAUCUUCGCCGGCCCCGACCUGCGCAACAUGGGCAACCUCUACACGCGGCUGGAGAGCGCCAAGGGCCUCAAGGAGUUCUUCACCCUCACGGACCUGCGCAUGCGGCUGCUGCGCCCCGCGCUGGGGGGCACCUACGUGCAGCGGGAGAACCUCUACAAGUACUUCUAUGCCAUCUCCAACAUCGAGGUCAUUGGCAGGUGCAAGUGCAACCUUCACGCCAACCUGUGCUCCGUGCGGGAGGGCAGCCUGCAGUGCGAGUGUGAACACAACACCACCGGCCCCGACUGCGGCAAGUGCAAGAGGAACUUCCGCACCCGGUCCUGGCGCGCCGGCUCCUACCUGCCGCUGCCCCACGGCUCUCCCAACGCGUGUGCUGCCGCAGGCUCUGCUGUUGGCAGCGUCGGCAGGCCCCGGAAAGACCCUGUCCCCAGAGCCCCUGUGGCCACUGUGGCCCUGAGAGGGGACCCCAGCACUCCCGCCCUCUCCACUUCCACCGGGCGGGCCUCGAUGUCCCCCAGCACCCCACAGCCCACAGAGCGGAUCAGGCCAUCUGCCGCUGCCCCCCUUGGGGAGAGCUCCCCCUGGCCCCAGACGCCCUCCAGUGCAGAAGCUGUGGGCACCUCCGCCGCUGCCCCUGCCCCGGCCUCCAAACCUUUCCAGCUCAAGCCCAAAUCAGCUCAAGUGGUGCCCAUUGAAGAGUUCCAAGACUGUGAGUGCUAUGGCCACUCCAACCGCUGCAGCUACAUCGACUUCCUAAACGUGGUGACCUGUGUCAGCUGCAAACACAACACGCGAGGCCAGCACUGCCAGCACUGCCGUCUGGGCUACUACCGCAAUGGCUCUGCCGAGCUGGACGACGAGAACGUGUGCAUCGAGUGUAACUGCAACCAGAUCGGCUCCGUGCACGACCGGUGCAACGAGACCGGCUUCUGCGAGUGCCGCGAGGGCGCAGCGGGCCCCAAGUGCGACGACUGCCUCCCCACGCACUAUUGGCGCCAGGGCUGCUACCCCAACGUGUGCGACGACGACCAGCUGCUCUGCCAGAACGGCGGCACGUGCGUGCAGAACCAGCGCUGCGCCUGCCCCAGCGGCUACACCGGCGUGCGCUGCGAGCAGCCCCGCUGCGACCCCGCCGCGGACGACGGCGGCCUGGACUGCGACCGCGCGCCCGGGGCCGCCCCGCGCCCCGCCACCCUGCUCGGCUGCCUGCUGCUGCUGGGGCUGGCCGCCCGCCUGGGCUGCUGAGCCCGGCCCGGACGACCCCGCGCCCGGGGAGCCGGGGGCGGGGGGGGGGGAGCUCGGGGCUUGCGGGGGGGGAGCCCCGGCGUCCGAGGCCGGGCGGCGAGAAGGGUGCGGCCCGAGCUGCUCCCAGGUGCUACUCAGCAGAGUCCUCCCGCCCGCCCGCGCCGCGCCCCGCGCCCCGCGGCCCCCGCCCCGCCCCGGCCGUGCCCGCCGCCGCAGGGGGCGCGGUGGGGCGCCGGCCCCGCAGCCUGUGAUUUGGGUCUUAGUUUUUUCUUUUCUACUACCCGCCGCCCCCCACCCUUUUUUUUUU